AUGGAGUUCUCGCGCACCGAGUAUCCGAGUCUUCUGACCUCACUGCAACCCGAACAGGCAGUAAACAUCCUCAAUGAUCGUGUCGACCUUAUAAAGAAGAUCAACACCGACAUUGCCGAUUGGCUUCAGGAACGUCGCAGGGUAGAAGAAGCCUACGUCGCAGGCCUGCGGAAGCUCGCGCGAAGGCCACAACAAGAUGGAGCUGCUGCGCUGGGCAUCUUCCAGAUGCCGUGGCAGCGCAUCGUAUCCGGUACAGAGAACCUCGCAGCCUCCCACGAAACCCUCGCCGCGAAGAUCGAGACCGAUGUCGAGACUCCCCUCAGGCAGUUUGCAAGCCGCAAUCGAGAGAUGCAGGCGUUGAGCACAACGCAAGGCAAUCUCAGCUCUCUGGCAAAGGAAUUGAUGAAUGCGCAGCGCAAAGCAGCCAAAGGCGGACGGAAGGCUGACAGUGCAAGCUCCACGCUUGAGGAUAGCUCUCGACAAUGGGAGACCCAAGCGCCCUAUGUGUUUGAACAGUUGCAGGCACUGGACGAAACGAGAGUGAACCAUCUGAGAGACGUCCUCACACAGUUUCAAACUCACGAGGUGGAUGCCAUUGAGAAGAACAGGCUCAGCGCAGAAUCUUGUCUGAAUGCGCUCCUAAACAUUGAAACUGCGGACGAAAUCAAGACAUUUGCAACAAGAGCCACCACCACCCGCAACAGUCUCGUCAGACGUCGCAGCUCGGCGACAGCAAGCACGAGCGCAAGACCGCAGAGCUCCCAUCUACGACCCCCUCCUACUCCACCCCCUCCGCGACAUGCAGACGAUAGACAAAGCCAGCGCACUAAUUCGUUUGCUGGCCAGGAUAGAUUGGCCCCUUUGCCUGAUGCUACACCGACCAAAGAGAAGAGCAAACUUGGUGGGCUCAAACGAUUUGGUACAGUAAUGGCUAGGAGAAAGAGUGUCGUGCCCCCUCCACAUUCUCAAUCUACCGAGGAGAAGCGAAAAACUCGGUCUUUUGUUCCUUUCAGGCGGGGAGACUCGUCGCGAAGCUUCCAGGACCUGGAAGAAACAGGGCAGGAUCUGACGCCUAGCACCACUCGAGACGGAAGACCAAUGUCAUCGAUAUCACGAGACAUACAUGAUGACUUGCCGUCUAUUCCUCAACCUGAACCGCCAUUGCCAACGACAAACGGGGCCAGGGCAUUGGCAGCUCCUGUGGAAUCGGUCCCAGACGUGGCAGCUCCUCAAUCUGCCUUGCUUGAUGCUGUCAGCACGCCAGAAAGCCAAGCUCACUCUCCAGAAAAACCCCAGCCUCCAGUACCAGGCUCGAAUCCGUGGGCACCAGAUUCGCCAGAAGUACCAGUUACAGGCCUUGCAAAUGACGAGUCCUCCCGUAACUUCAUGAUACGUGACAAGCCAAUCCAGGAGGAUGAGAGCGAAGCCCAAAAUGCUCUUUCUACGAUGGCCAACCAGCUACGUACCCAAGCGCAGACCUCGGGCAUUAACCGUGUCCAAGGCAGUGUGAGAGGACGGCGAGAUGUUAGGAACACCAUGUACGUGCCGAGCAGCACCGAACCGUUCGCAGCAAGCCCCUCUAUCCCUCGACCAGGCCCGCCAGUCACCAUUCCGUCCGGAAGCAAUGCUAACGAAAACAUCGCAUCUCCAAUACAACGACCACCACCUGCAGCAAUGAUUCAUGAAGAGCAUGGUUUGGGGUCCGACACGACCUCGAUCCAUUCUUCUCGCAGUCUAGCUGGACCUACCCAUCAUGUCGACCUUCACGAGGCUGGACUGAACGCUUCGAUCGUGGAGAAUGUCCAUUCUUGGUUCACUGAAACCGGCAUCAGCAAGUGCCUUGUUCUCGGAGAAGUGGCAUUCGCAUACAAUCCCCCACCGUCGGGCGAGUCGGGCCACGAGUUGAUCCGUAUGCAGCACUUCGAACUGCUGGACAAAGUUGCUGCGAAUCCGAUAUUCUUGACGCAGGUGAAACCUGACGGAGAUGCCGUUGCCGAGGAACAAGCUGGUACUUACACUGUUGCCACUUCGGCCAUUCGCAGGCCGACACCGAUGAUAGGCUUGAAAUAUCAACUUCACGUUGACGAGAGCAACCUUGGGCGGUAUAGUCCAGUCCUGAUCACUCCAGCCUGGCAGGUCAUCCAAGGACAAGUGAGCGUCAUUGUCUUGUACAGUCUCAAUCCUGUCUUUGGAAGUCAAGCCAUCAGCCUGAAGAAUGUACAGAUAACGGUCAAUCUGGAUACCUCGGGCGAAGGCACGGGCAGGGCAGUCUCGGCGAUGAUGUCGCCAACCCAAGGCGCAGUCUUCCGUCGCAAGACGUCGGCCGUGGUCUGGCGACAUGGCGACAUUGAAGUCAAGCCUGAGCAAGAGAGACUUCUCGUCCGCUUCAUGACCGAAGGAGGCAUGCCGAAGAAAGGUACCAUUGAACUCAAAUUCGAGAUACCGGGGCUCACUGCCAGCGGGGUUGCCGUCGAGAAAGUGGUCACCGGGGGAGAAGAGAAGGACGCGGAUCCCUUUGCAGAUGACACCGCCGGCAGCAGUGCAAGGGGCAGUGCGGAGGAAAAGAGAUGGGAAGGCCUUCCGACGAAGAUGAAGUUGAUCAGCGGCAGAUACACCGCGAGCUGA